AUUAAUUGUGGUAAGCAAAUUGAGAGAUUUGGGGUGUGUGAGAAGGCAAUGAAGUGAGAAGGAUGAUGAAUUGGAUGAGUAUGGCGACGAGCGCAUUAGCAAACUCCUCCUCCACAACAUUUCUUCUUCACAAAACCAUUAUCCCCUUUUCUCUCACUAAAACCUCGCCGUUUCUUAUUUCUUUUACCACCCCCUCUCGUCGCUUCCUUUCUGCUUCAUCUCUUCCUUCUCUCUCCCCUGACAUCGACUUCAACUUCUCUCAUUAUGGAGAUGGAAAUAGUGUUGCAGUUUCCAGGAGAGGUUCAAAAGUGCUUCUUAAAGGGAUGACUUACUCUGAACUUGAAAAAUGGGUUCAAUCACAUGGAUACAGGCCAGGCCAGGCCAUGAUGUUAUGGAAACGUAUGUAUGGAAACAACAUUUGGGCGCAUCAUACUGACGAAUUGGAAGGUUUGAAGAAAGAUUUCAAGCAGAUGUUGAGUGAACAUGCAGAUUUCAAGGCACUUGCUGUGAAAGAAAUUCAUGCAGCGUCUGAUGGAACUAGGAAGAUUUUAUUCACAUUGGAUGAUGGGCUGGUCAUAGAAACAGUUGUCAUACCUUGUGAUACAGGCAGGACUACCGUGUGUGUUUCCAGUCAAGUUGGAUGUGCCAUGAAUUGUCAAUUUUGCUAUACAGGAAGAAUGGGUCUCAAGAGACAUCUUACUGCCGCAGAAAUAGUCGAGCAGGCUGUUUUUGCAAGACGGCUAUUCACAAGUGAAAUUGGUUCCAUCACCAAUGUUGUAUUUAUGGGCAUGGGGGAACCUCUUCAUAACAUUGAUAAUGUCAUUAAAGCUGCAGAUAUUAUGGUGCAUGACCAAGGGCUUCAUUUCAGCCCCCGCAAGGUCACUGUUUCAACCAGCGGGCUUGUUCCGCAGCUCAGACGUUUCCUUCAUGAAUCCAACUGUACAUUAGCUGUUAGUUUGAAUGCAACUACUGAUGAGGUAAGAAACUGGAUCAUGCCUAUAAAUCGAAAGUAUAAACUUGACUUGCUUCUUGAGACACUUCGUGAGGAGCUUUCCUUCAAACACAAAUAUAAGGUUCUAUUUGAGUAUGUGAUGCUUGAAGGAAUAAAUGACAGCAAUGAAGAUGCAAAGAGGCUGAUCGAGCUUGUAAAGGGCAUCCCUUGCAAGAUCAAUCUAAUAUCAUUCAAUCCACAUAGUGGAUCCUUCUUCAGACCAACCAAAGAGGAAAGGAUGAUUGAAUUCCGGAAUAUGCUAGCUGAGGCAGGAUGUGUAGUCCUUUUACGACCGAGUAGAGGCGACGAUCAGAUGGCUGCAUGUGGUCAGUUAGGCAAGCCCGGCACCCUUCAAGCUCCAAUGCUACGUGUACCUCAGCAAUUCCAAACGGCGGUUGGAAGUUCAACCCAUUCUUUAUAAGGUUUCAGCUACAAAUCGGUCUAUUAGUUUAAUGAAUUGCAUAAGGUACGUAUGGCUUCAUUUUGAAACUGGGAUGGAAUGAAGUGUCCAUGGUUGACAGCAUACUUACAAUACACGAGCUGAGAUGUAAACAACGUUUCCCAUAUUUGCACCUCUCCACUUCGGAAUUAGUUGAUUCAUUUUAUAAACGUGGAGGGCACAAAUUCCUGAAGUUGGUGGGUUUUUGCAUGACAUGACCAGAAAGGGGCGUUGUUGUGUUUAAUUAUUAUAUGUUUUGGUUAGUUAAUUUUAUAUUUGAACAAAUAUUGGCAAAACUUAUGUGGAUGGUUUUAAUUUAUAAGUUCCUAAUGUGUUUUUUGUCAAAAAUAGUUCCUAAUGUAUUUAUUUAUCAAGUCUAAGCAAGUUUUCAUCAGGCUGAUAAAUUAUUGCA